AUGAAAUUCAGAGAGAAAAUAAUAUGCAUUUGUUUAGUUAUUUUUUCAUUAUUAACAUUAAUUGCAACAAUCAUUAUAGUGGUAUUUGAUUUAUUACCUAGUAUGAAAUUUGCAAAAACAUAUAUACCAUCAGAUUGUAAAGUUAUAAAUCAUUAUUUUAAUACUACAGUCAUACCAAGUGAUGAAAGAUGUAUGGAAUUAAAUAAUGAUGUAUGGUGGUACAAUAAAUUGGGUGCAAAUGCAUUCUAUUAUGGUGUAAUUGAACAUAAAGAUAAAGAUAAUAAUAAUAAUAUUAAUAAUAAUACAAAUAACACCACUGAUAAUGGUGGUGGUGGUGGUGGAAGUAGUAGUAGUAGUAGUAGUAGUGAUAGUAAUAGUGAAUAUGGUAGUAGUUAUAGUUAUAGUUAUGAUGAAGAUAGUAGUUUAGGACCAAAUGAAAAGAUAUGUUUUCAAGGUUUAUUUGAAGUAGAAUAUAGUGAUCAAAAAUCAUCAAUGAUCGUGUCUAAUAUUAGUGGAUUAUGGAGUCCAAAUUGGAGAUGGUGUUAUACUUAUUUAAAAUCAUUUGGGGUUGGAGAUACAGAUAAUUGUUUUUAUGAAUCAACAGAUAUUUAUAAUGCAAAUUGGUUUGGACCAUCAAAAUAUAGUAUUUUUUCAAUUGUUGGAAUUUGUGUUGGUGGUGGUUUUUCAUUAAUUUGUUUCAUAUUAUUUAUAUACUUUUAUAGAAGAUUUAGUAGAGUAGAUUUAAAUUCAUAUAUAAGAAUAUCUCCUGAUGGUACUCAUAUAUUUUAUUAA